AUGACUACUGAAUCCAAGCCUGGCCGCCUCGCGGGCAAAAAUGCAAUCAUCACUGGUGCCGCCGGCGGAAUAGGGCUGGAAACCACAAUUCUCUUCGCCAGAGAAGGUGCCUCGGUCCUGAUGGCCGACAUCUCUGAGCCAGCCCUUGAAAAGGCCAUCGCCAAAGUCAAAGAACUCGUCCCUAACCCGCCUCGUUUGGAGACGGUCAAAUGCGACGUCUCCAAAGAAUCGGACGUCCAGGCCGCGGUCGAAUCCCAAGAUCGACACGGCGGUGUCGACAUCAUGUUCAACAACGCCGGGAUUAUGCAUGCCCAGGAUGACGACGCCAUCAACACGCCCGAGAAGAUCUGGGACCUGACUCACGCGAUCAACGUGAAGGGGGUAUGGUACGGAAGCAAGCACGCCGUGCUAUCCAUGCGAAGGCACCAGAAGAAGAAAGGUUCCGUCAUCAACGUCGCGAGUUUCGUCGCCCUGAUGGGCGCCGCGACGCCGCAACUUGCAUACACUGCAUCCAAGGGCGCCGUCCUCGCCAUGACGCGCGAACUCGCAAUCGUCCACGCCCGGGAGAAUAUCAGAUUCAACUCGCUGUGUCCCGGUCCGUUGAACACGCCACUGUUACAGGAUUGGCUGGGCGAUGACUUGCAAAAGAGAUAUAGGCGAGAGGUGCACUUCCCCAUGGGUCGAUUUGGGGAGGCGAUCGAGCAGGCCCAGGCCGUCCUGUUCUUGGCGAGCGAUGAGAGCAGCUUCGUCAACGCGACAGAAUUUGUGGUCGAUGGCGGCUUGAGUAAGGCGUAUGUAACGGGAGAGGGGCCACCGGCUGCGGCGCCGGUAAACAAUGUGCAUUGA